AGUUCCCACUGGUGCCCUAGUUCCGUUAUAACCAUCUGGUUUCUUAAUAGAGGUAGUUUGUCGUUUGGAGGAUAGGUUAUGACCUAUCUCCUAGUACCGGAACAGCAUGUAAGGGACAGGCGGAAAAAUCCCUCGGCUUGUGUAGCUUGUACUCAACAGAAAAGAGCACUAGGCGAGACUACAGGAAACUCACGAUCCCACAGAAAAAAGACGAGGUCAGGGUGCCUGCAGUGUGGAGUAGCGCUUUGUAACUCGGAUGAUUGCUGGUACCUCUUUCAUAGUCAGAGUAUAUAGACAACAGAAGUGUCCAUAAUCUAGGCUUUUUGGUUGGCUAGAAGAAGUCUUGGCUGUCUCCUGAGUGGUCAGUUCCCCUCAAGGGCAUGUACCUGUUGCCAAUUGGCACUC